CCGAUAGCCCUCGAGCAUAAUCUCAAGAUGCCGCAGUCAUGUAAAGAUAUACGCGCAGCGCUAGCAUUCUGCCUUCAGAACAGCGAUUGCAUAAUGGUCGAGCGCAAUUCGCCCGGCGACUGCUUACGACCGCCACUCAAAUACACACUCCCCACGCAAUGCCAGCAGCUCCAGAAAGGCUACGCAGAGUGCAAAAAGGGCAUGAUCGAUAUGCGCAAGCGAUUCCGAGGCAACAGGCCCAUUGCGGUACAGGGACAAUUGGAGACAGGAGCGUUUGGAAAGGGCAGGGCAGAAGCGGAUGAAAAAGUGGGCACGAUUGAGGAGAAGGGUUACAUGCUAUAUGCUGGGCGGCCGUACAAGGAUGUCAAAGAAACGAAGGGGGAUGAGGAUCCAGAGGGCAAAGGCCUGGAUCGAUAGUAUAUGCCGCACAAGAGAAGGCUUCAAGAAGUUAAUAGCAUGGUUAGGCGUUCGCAACAAUGGGUAUUUCGGGGCGAGACAAGAUCUCCCCUCUGUAUAGUUACGGCACUGUACAUCAAAUGUUCAACAUCACGAAGUAGUGAGUCGCGCAAA